GUGCGUCGUGGCGUGUCGUCGCUCGUCCUCGUCCGUCCACGUUGCUGAUUCCAGAUAUGCACCAAGAAAAAUAUUUCCAAAAUGGGAAAAAUACAAGCGAAGUUAUUUGCGUUUACCAAAUUUGCAUUACAAGUGUAACAAGAAAUAAUGCCGUAAGACGUGGUUAGGUCUUGCAGCUCACUUGUAGCAUUUUUCAUGUUUAAUUUAUGUGGAUGUUCGUCUUGUUUGUGCGCGGUGCAGCCAGUCAUGAAACAGGAUAUCUGUAGUUCAUGGAAAAGUAACGAAACUAAAGGACUGGUCACGAAAGUCAAAAAUAAUCCCUUUAAUUAGCAGCUAAGGUGCUGAAGUCACGAAACUUUAAAUAUACGUUAUAUUGCAUUCUGCUGGCAUAUUUUCUCUUUACGCCUCACUUAAGUUUUUAGUCAUGUGUAGACUUUUACUCACUACCAUUUGAUUUAAAAAAAAAUAUAUUGUAGGAAAAUUUUGUUAAAUGUUCUGAAAAGGUCCAUAAAUCAGUUCACUAUGUAUUUGUUGAAAUAGCAGACCCGUGAUACCAUGCAAAGUACCAGUGCUGGUAUGGCUACGUAUCUGUGUCUGUUUAAGCUACGAGUUUUGAACAACGCAAUCAUCGGACAACUUUUCAACUUCCUGCGUUUAGCUUGCGUUUCCGCCCUCUAUAUUUAAAACGAAGUGUUCAAAGUACUUUUAAAGAAGCAGAUGUAAUGUGAAUAACCGCCUAAGAUUAUAUUUUUAACGCAUCCAUUACGUUUUCACAACAUUUAUCAUCACAAGUCCGAGGAAGAAAUUAUUUUUCUACAGUUUUAGAGAUCAAAGUUGUGGGGUUGACGGUGCGGUUAUACAAUUACACGGCCUUGGUUUUCUUGCGUUAGUAGCGUCCUUGCGCUAUUGCGUAGUUUAUAAUCUCGGCCUUAGUAAUAUUAGUAAUUUCGCUUGUGUUCGUGGUAGCCUCACAACGAGAAGCCCGUGUUAGGAAUAAGACAUGAGAGUCUAGACAGUAGAAAUUGAGAACUUUUACGUGCGUGACAUCAAUAGACGGCAGAGGAUAUGUCCAGUACCAACGUUACGGCAAUUAAAGAUAUUCGUAAAACACGGUGGAUUGUGGCCGUGACGUGUGCCAACCCGCCGACAAAGCCCCGCGGUCGGUCGGCAGCGAGAGGUCGAACCCGGCCGCGCUGCAGCCCCGCGCGUGCGCCCCGCUCCGCCGUCGAUCGACCCCCGGGCCCCAGGAGCCACCCCCGGCCCGCCAGUGCAUCUCCGGCGCGGGUCGCGGCAAGGGGCGGCUUCUGUUCCUGCUCGCCUGUGGUGGUGGUGUUGUGUCUCUCGGCAGCAGGUCUGAACCAAGGACUGACAGCGGGCGGCGCACCCCCUAUCCUCCGUCAAACAUAUGGUGCUUCCCGGCACAGAGACAACAUUAUCCAGAGGAAAAUCUGGGAGUUUUCACAUAGCUCAAGAGCCAGUUCGUGGCCAGGACUCAGGGUGUAUGAUUUCAACUAAGAGGCAGGAGCCUAUCUGUUAUAGGACAUCAAAAUUUUCCAGUAAUCGGCACCGGAAGCUACAACCAUUCAGAGAAACGUGACUAUUUUGUACCGAGAGCAACAGCAACUUUGUUUUGUCAGCCACAUUUUUGUCGUCAUCGUCUCUGUCAUCCUUGCUGCCAACACCCCGUCCCCUGUUCCGUCGUGUUGAGCUCCUUCUCCGCUAGCUAUUCCUUCCCGACAAGAUGGGGAGCGUGAACGUCAACCGCAACGUCAGCGAUGCCUUCUACCGCUACAAGAUGCCCCGCCUCAUUGCCAAGGUGGAGGGCAAGGGGAACGGCAUCAAGACUGUUAUCGUGAACAUGGUAGAGGUUGCGAAAGCCAUCGGCAGGCCUGCCACAUACCCCACCAAGUACUUUGGGUGCGAGCUGGGCGCGCAGACGCAGUUUGACUUCAAGAACGACCGCUUCAUCGUGAACGGCUCGCACGACGCCGCCAAGCUGCAGGACCUGCUGGAUGGCUUCAUCCGUAAGUUCGUGCUGUGCCCCGGCUGCGACAACCCGGAGACGGACCUGCUGGUCAGCCAGAAGAAGGGCCUCAUCAGCCAGGGCUGCAAGGCGUGCGGCUUCCACGGCCCGCUCGAGUUCAACCACAAGCUCAACACCUUCAUCCUGAAGAACCCGCCCAAUCUGAACCCAGCUGCCCAAGGUUCAUCUCUGACUGAAGGCAAGCGCGGCAAGCGCUCGACCAAGAAGAACGGCGAAACCAAUGGGGAUGAGCGUGUUUCCGAUGACAGCGAGCAGACUGUGGAGGCCCCCAACAAGGUGGCGAAUGUAAACGAGGAAGAGGACGACACCUGGGCGGUGGACGUGUCGGAGGAGGCGGUUCGCGCCCGCAUGCAGGACCUGACGGACGGCGCCAAGGGCAUGACCAUCUCGGACGACCUGGAGAAGACGGAGAAGGAGCGCAUGGACCUGGUGUACGAGCUGGUCAAGUCCCGCCGCGACGCCGGCACGCUCGACUCGGCCCACAAGGAGAUCACGGCCGAGGCGGAGCGCCUGGAGAUCAAGUCCAAGACCCCGCUGGUGCUGGCGGAGCUUCUGUUCGACCACAACAUGCCGCUGCAGGUAAAGAAGCACAGGGUGUUGUUUUUGCGCUUCACCCACGAAGAUCAGAAAGCCCAGAAGUACCUGCUGGGCGGGAUAGAGCAGGUCAUCAGUCUUCACAAGGACGCGCUGCUGCCGAAAGUACCGGGCAUUUUGAAGCUGUUCUACGACGCCGACAUCCUGGAGGAGAAGGUGCUGCUGGACUGGGCGGACAAGGUGAGCCGCAAGUACGUCACCCGGGAGCUGGCCCAGGAGAUACACAGCCGCGCCGAGCCGUUCAUCAAGUGGCUGCGAGAAGCCGAGGAAGAGGAGAGCGACAGCGAGGAGGAAGAGGAUGACGACCUGGAGAUUGAGUACAACGACAGGGCCAAAGCUUCACCUCUCAGAGAGCAGCCGAAACCAGCCGUUAAGAGCCAGUUGAACAACGCGGAUGAUGUGGAUGGGGAAGAUGACUUGGACAUUGACGCCAUUUAGAGAUAACCUUCUACGACCAGGGUGUGGCUUAUUAUACGGGAGCAGUCUCGGGGGAAAAAAAGCAGCUGUUUGCUCUUAGCACUUCUAGGAAUGUACAUCUAGUUAGCAAAUUAAAAAAGUGCUGUCCUGUUCAGUGGUUUGCAUUUAUAAUAUAAUAUAUAGCUGUUGUCAUAUUUUCUCAAGUCUAAUCUGAUGAAAGAAUGUACCCUUGUAUACGUGGCAUUUCAAGUUAAUUUCCUCAUUUUGAGUAUAUAUAGAUUAUAUGGUAAAGUAAAUGUUACCUUAUUUUAUUUGUACAUUUUGUGAAUAUAUUAUUUGUGAAUUUUUUUGUUCUUACUAGACUGUUGCUGUUUUGAAAGAAUGAAAUUUCUUGCAAUUAAAUUUAUCUUCAGUGUAUCACUUUCUUGCCUGAAACAUCUUGACCAUCCUUGCUUCGUCCAGGCGUUGUUGUGUUUUGUGUGCAUUUUGUUAUCUGUAAGAGCUGUAAGAUAUGUUGAUUGAUAGAGACAUCAUACAUAAAUGCAAGGAAAUUUUGUGGGCAUAAUUUUUGUUGUAGGAAAAUGCUGAUCUGUGAAAAAUGUCCAGAGGUGUUAUAAAAGUAUGUGUAUGUGCAGUCAUUAUCUUGAAAACACCCUGAGAUUUUAAAAGUGUAUGUUUAUUGCUUAAUAAAGAUUAAGAGAAUA